UCUUGGACGCACGUCGCCUUUAGCGCUUGGCGCGAAAAGAAACGAAUUUCGAUAUUUAAAAGUUUUCGAAGUGUAGCUGAGUGAUAGGUGCUAAGUUUUUGGAAUAUUUUGUGCUUUUUAAUGGUUUGAGCAGUGUCUAGUUGUUGUGUAAUCGGCAGUAACGUUUACGGUCCAAGGCUGUUCACACCCAGCUGAACUCGACUCGGCACGCAAUAACAGCCUUUAUGCCCAAGGCGCAGAGUCGCAAACAGACAUGGUAGUCACAGCGCUGAACUGGCGUUCCGUGCAUUGCUUAGUAACGUGAACGUGAAAAAGAUGCCUCUGCCGCAUCGGGACACCGUGUUAGCUAUAUAUCUGUUAAUAUGUUUAAGCGUAACCUUAGGAGAAGCGAAGAAAGAUACGCAUACACCCAUCUGCCCAAUAGGCUUCGAUCUGGCUUACACAAAUUAUGAAAAGCCAAUAUGUUACCGAUUGAAAGGCUCCGAAGCUUUUAAAGACAUCUUCGAAGACUGCGCGGGAAAUCUUUACACGUCAGAGCUAUAUCAUAGUCUCAACAUCACGAAACCUAACGCAGAACUAUGGUCCGGCCACAAGUCCCUAUACCCGGGAGGCCCUUUCAUAGAUUGGUCUUUCUCUCCGUCUAUUGGAAAAGUCCUAACCAGUACUUAUGACGUAAAGUAUAAUCCUUCCUUAGGUAUAGAUGAAGAGUUAUGUGUAGUCAUACACCCCGUCAACAAUUUGACAGCUGUAAGAUGCACAGAGAAGCAUUAUAGAUACUGCAUGGUAGAACCUUAUGAGGAUACCUUGUCGAAAUGCGAAGAAUUGACUGAUUAUUAUAGGUUUUGGAGUCCAAAGGCUACCUGCCUGACUCCGGUUACAGUGAAAGGUGGGAAGGUUAGAGCAAGUUGGAGCCAAGCACAGAUAUUGUGUUCGAAGCGUGGAGGGUCGCUCCUGCAUCGAGGUUGGCGGUAUGCCAAUAACCCUUUGCUGCAUAUAAACAAGACAGACUGGACCGAUCCUCUGGGCGUGGAGGCGACGGCAGAGGAUGAGUUGAGAUGGGUUAUCAAUGAAGAUGGCAAUGUUAAAGUACCUGAAUCAGAAAGCAUGAGUCUAGAGGAGGAUGAAUACAUAAGCAACAAUUCGCUGGUGGCGUUACGCGGCGAUGCCUGGCAUCUAGUCAACAACACUUACAUCUUCAUGGAUGUCAUCUGCGAGAGGUCCAUACAUCUGAGGAACGUCAGCUUAAACCUUACUGUUGAAGGCGACCAAGUUAUCCUUUCGUAAACGACUCAGUGGACGAGUCCAACAUCCACUGUUACACCGACGCCAUCUUGUAUUCUCCGACGGCCAUCAGCAAGAUCGCAAUCGAUGACAACAAGUACACGCUCAAGACCAUAUCUGACGGCAUGUACUGGUGCAUACAUAGGGAUUCGAGGAACUUCAGGGUGUCACAGUCUAAUAAGGUCCUCUUCGUCCGCGAGAAACACGUUGAAAACCUUUACGCUAUAAAAAUAACACUGAGAGGAAGAUACAGAUUCGAAAACAUUGACAAACAAUACAGAGUGUGGGAGAGAAAAGUCAAAGAGUACAUCUACUACAGAACUAAAUACUUUGAAAGAUUUGGAGAGAUCACUGCUGCUAACGCUCAUGCGGCGGAAGGGGUUCUCCAGAACUACAAAAGGUCUACUGGGGAUGAUUCUGGAGAAGGGUCGUUUAAAGAGACAGAUGUUAUUUAUAUGGUGAAGAUUAAAAGGUUGUUUUUGGAUGGGAGAACUGUGUUGCUUCAUGUACAGUUGAAUCCGACGAUGAGGGUUGUGCCUCCUGGGUUUUGGGAGGGGUUGGAGGUGAUCUAUAUGAGACCGGCGUUCUUCUGUUCGGGAAACGCGUUGCCGGGGAUUACACGAGUGCCGUUAGGCCAAUCCGUGAUCACCAAUGGCUGCCGCAACCACACUUGCACAGGAGACUUCAACACCGGCGUCUCAUUCGUCAUCACCCAAGCCGAGAACUGCUCUAUUCCCUCAGAACCUGUCACUAGCAGGUCGAUCAAUAUUACUGUGGACGAAAUGCCGACAGCUGAGCCGAAAACGACUACAGUUUUUAGCGACGACCGAGAGCGUAAUCGGGAUGAGAGUCUCGAAGUCACUCAAAGCACGCCCUGUACCGAAGAGCCCACAACAUUCACCACGGAACCUGCACAAAUCACCACAGUCAACUCACCGUACGAAGAGCGCACGACUACGGAACUGGUGUCUACGGCCAGCCCGAUUCUUCCGACGUUUAUCCCACGACCACCCCCCACGCCGCCUAUACCGCCACCAACCACUGAGACACCUACCACUGAGCCUAAUACUGCGCGGCCGCGACCACCACCGAAAGAGCAGUUACAGCAAGUGUUGCACGAUUUGGAAGAGCUGAUCAAUAAUGACACCAUAACUAUUAUGGUCGAAAACGCCAAUGAAGCUGUUGAACAGGUCGAUGCACUCCUCAGCAUAGAAGAUGAAUUAGAAAUCCCCGGCCAGCUCCUCCACCUGGUCGAUGAGCUGGCAGCCAGAGUAAACUUGAAUGGAUCUCACCAAGCUCGCGCCAUCGCCGAGAACAUAGCCAUGCUGAUGGCUGACGCGGAUCCAGAGAACCCGGUGAGAGGACUGAGGAUUGCGGCCCAGGGCUCUGGGAAUGAAGUGUUUUCGUCAGAUGCCUUUGAGAUUAUUGCCGAAGAGGUAAACAGCACCCACCUAUACUCCGACGAGAGCGAGGCAGUCGUCCAUCUUCCGGAAUCCGUCGCCAAUUCCUCCCGCCGCAUCAGCUUCGUAGUGUUCCGAAACGAUCGCGCCUUCAUGUCCAGCCAUGGGCUCUAUUCUGUCAACAGCAGAGUCCUUAGCAUCAAGAUUGAAGACCUUACCCAGUUUGCUGACGGAGAAGUAAUAGACAUUCAUCUCCGACCAGUAGCAGGCGAUGUAGAACGGAACCAAACUCGCAGCUGCGCUUAUUGGCACUUCCUUGACGACAACACCGGCUACUGGUCACAAGACGGCUGCACUUUCAUCCCCUCCUCGCAGCCCGGCCAGCUGGACACCUGCCGUUGCGACCACCUCACCCACUUCGCUGAGGUCCUGGUACCCAAAACUGUAUUCUCAGAGCGAAACGAGGCGAUACUAGAACUCAUUUCCAUCGUAGGAUGUGUUCUGUCUAUCUUAGGAUUACUUUGCGUCGGUAUAACGGCAGCUAUCUUCAGGUCAUGGAGAAGAGACUUCAGUAACAAGAUUUGGUUGCAACUCUGCAUUGCAAUCUUCAUUCUAAUUAUCUGUUUCUUAGUUGUAGUGUUCGCUAAUUUCGACCACUACGACGUCACAUGUUUGUUAGUUGGUGUCCUAUUGCAUUACUCCGUUUUAGCAUCGUUUUGCUGGAUGCUGGUGGCAGCUGUUUUAUCAUAUAGGAGACUGGUUUUAGUUUUCACUAGGGAUGCGUCUCAUAAAUUGUUGAGAGCUUCCGCAUUUUCUUGGGGGACUCCAUGCGCUAUUGUAGGAAUUCUUCUUGCUGUUAGUCCACAUGCCUAUUCAGGACAGUUUGAAGAAAUGUCUCCCAGUUCAAGCUUCUGCUACCCAUCGGGACUUGGACUUUGGUUGACGGUCUACGCGCCUAUUGCUAUAAUGUUACUCGCAAACUGGACGCUAUUUGUUCUGAUAGUUCGUUCCGUGUUUGCUUCUAGAAGGAUUCAGAGACACGGCGAUUCUAACGAAGCUUUAAGAUGCGCUUCGGUUAGCUGUCUCUUGGUCUUCCUAUUUGGUCUACCCUGGAUUUUCGGUCUAUUUGCUUCAAACAUUGUCGCGGCGUAUCUUUUCACGUUGACUGCGACUUUCCAAGGUUUCGUUCUCUUUAUUUUCUUUGUAGUUGGGAAUAAAAAGACUAGAGAUCUUUGGUUGAACAAGCUGAAAAUCAAGCAGACUCAAAAGAUACCAGUCACAUCGUCGACUUAUACCAAUAAUAAGAGCCAACACUCUGCUUCAGAGUGGAGGGGAGGGCGAUCUACUCCUGCCACUAUUGAAGCUAACGCCUCAAAGCCUAGGUCUCUCUCUUCUCCUGAUGAAUCCAGGUUUUCUUGACAGAGAUGAGACAUCAGAAAGUGAUGAUCUUCAGAGCUCCUUGCCAGGUCGAGUCUCGCCUCUUUAAAAUUUUCUUUUGGUAACUUUUUCAUUUGAAAGUUCACUAUAAGAUUUAUCGUCACGAAAAUUAAACUUGAUCGACAUGUAUUCGAGGUAAAUUGUAGAUUAUAAGUGACUUCAGUAUUAGUCUUAUUUCGUUGACUUUAAUAAACCUAUUUGCUUUAAGAAAGAGUGAUUGAAAGUAUGAGUUGAAAGAGAUGUAUGGAUAAUUUUGUGCUAACCAAAGCCAUGUUCAUGAAAUCAGUUUUUCAAUAAAGGCAUAACUGAAUAAGACCUUACCCUCCUGCCUACGCGUAUUUUUAGUUUGAACUAUAUACUCCACACACACCGGGGGUCUAUGUCCUGUGGGUGAGCACAAGGUUAGCAAUUUCAAACUAGCAAUACGGUGGAAACAUUAUCGAAUACAAAUGCAGAUGUGUUUAACAUUUGGGUUUUUUCAAAGACAAAUCUGUGGAGAGAACAGGACAAAACCAGACGGGAUGGCCCAAUGUGUCAAUUUUUAUAUUACGUCAUCCAAUAUGCGAUGAUCCCGUCUCGUACCGUUCUAACGUAAGUCAUCCUUAAAGCGAUUGGACGGGUGGCUAUAACCAAGAGUGCAAUCGUUGAUGCUCUGCAGCAAACGAUAUAAAUAUACGCAACUGGCUCUGUCGCACCAAUACGCAAGGCCAGUAGAGAGAGACAACUACAUACAAUACACUACAGAGUGUGAACGAUAGCACUUUUGGCUAGAGUGCCAGGUUGCGAGUUCGUGUUGUUGAUUUUUCUAAUUUAAAAAUGAUUGUAAAAUGUGAGAUGCGUUUAUUCGUGUAUGCCAAGUGUAUAUCUACCCUAUUACAAAUACGAAGGCCCGAUAGUACUUGAAACAAACAAAGGGCUUGAUGUUUGCAUUUUGUUAUUUAAUUAGGAGCACUUCAAAAUGGCACGCUGUGUCGGUGCAAAUGCAAACUGCAUACAACUAAAGUGAAAAUAAAGCAUAUCUAGCAUCGCCAGGUAUCUUUUGUUUUCACUAAGCCUAUUGUUAAGGCCUAAUGACAAGCUUGAGCUUGAAUACCAACCAACUUAGCACUUGAGUGAGGCUUACGUCACUCGCGUUAAGUACCUACCCGUUAGCAGUUGCCUCGAGGUAACAAGUGACUGAGAGGCGCCACGCGCCCUGUGUAGUCGCGUGGCACGUACCUACUUUUCUUCUGAGUUUUACGUAGUAACUUACUAACUAAUUAGUAUUAGUUAAAUAAAGCGUAGGUAUUUAAGCGUAGGCAUGCAUGCCGUGUUUGCCUGUAAUUGGGUGAAUACUCGAGCAAGUUUAUCUUAGAGUAAUUUUAAUGUAUAAGUAUCUUUGUAUUACACCUGUUGGCAAACCUAAAUAAAUAAUAAUAAUAAUAUUUUGUCGUUUUGCGGGCAAGAGAAGGAUCUGCUACGUUAGUAACUUAUUCAUAAUCUAUGCUUGAGUGCUAUUGGACCAUCGUAUUUGAAAUAUACCUGUGAGUAUAACUAUCAUAAAAAUGCAAUACUACUUUGCAUAACCCUAUCUAUUAAAUUUGUGUACAUGAACUCUGCCCUGCUAAGCCGAGUGGCGCUGUCUCAAAACCAAAUAAUUUUGAAAAUGGAACUGUCAGCUAUAGAUACGUAAGUAUAAGUUAGC